UGUGUAGUUGCAGAUCUCCAAACUGUUCAAACACUCUUUCACAGUUUCCUUCAGAAACAAACCCUAAAAAUGGAAGAAAAGCACAAUUCACCGGCAACCGCCGGUGAACAACCACCACCGUCUUCAUCGGAGGCUCCACCGUCACGGCGAAGAGGCGGAUUGAAACGGAAAGCGUCAAAUCUCCACAACAACAACGCAUCGACACCUCCGCCACCGUCCUCAAGGCGUCAAACGCGAGAGAAACCGUCACCGGUGUUGUUUUCUCCGAUCCACAACGGUCCGUUGACUAGAGCGAGGUUACAGCCUAAUUACGAUGAUACGUCAACGUUUUGGGAGGCGGUGGCGGUGAAUGAAGGGGAAGGUGCAGUGGCGGCGGCGGCGACGAUGGCGGCGAAGGUGGAGGAGGAGUUGAGUGCGAGGAGAGAGGCGUGGGAGGCGUUGGAGGCGAAGGUUGAAGCGGAGUAUGGUGUUGUGAAGUCUCGUGGUGAUAGUGUUCAUGUUGUACCUGUUUCUGCUGGUUGGUUUUCAUGGACAGAAAUUCAUCCAUUGGAGGAGAAAGCAUUGUCGUCUUUCUUCAACGGAAAGCUGGAGAAUCGGACUCGUGAAAUUUACUUGGAAAUUCGUAACUCAAUCGUGAAAAAAUUUCAUGAAAAUCCCAAAACUCAAAUAGAGGAAAAAGAUCUUUCCGAAAUACCAGUUGGAGAAUUGGAUGCUAAAAAGGAAGUGAUGGAUUUUUUGGACUAUUGGGGGUUGAUUAAUUACCAUCCACUCCCCGAGACAGAUGUUGUUAACUCAGUGGGUGAUACUGAAGAAGCUACAAAAGUUAAUUCACUAAUACAGAAACUGUAUGAGUUUGAUGUGGAACAAUCGUGCUCCCCCACUGUACCCCGGAGUAGCUUUGCAACACCUGCGGUUCCGUACCGGUUGCCCGAGUCCAUACCGGUUGAUGACUCAGCACAGCCCGAGGGACCAUCUCUUGAGUAUCACUGCAAUUCAUGUGCAGCUGAUUGUUCUCGUAUGCGUUACCACUGUCAAAAGCAAGCAGAUUUUGACUUAUGUACUGAAUGCUUCAACGAAGGCAAGUUUGACUCUGAUAUGGCCCCAUCGGAUUUCAUUCUCAUGGAGCCUGGUGAUGCUGCUGGUGCAAGUAGCGGAACCUGGACCGAUCAAGAAACACUACUUAUUCUUGAAGCUUUGCAACUCUUCAGUGAAAACAGGAACGAGAUUGCUGAACAUGUUGCCACAAAAACCAAAGCUCAAUGUAUUCUGCAUUUUCUUCAAAUGCCGAUUGAAGACACUUUUCGGGAUUGUGAUGAUGAUGAUGAGAAGAAAGAUACAAAAAGUGUUGAUGAUAAUGGUGAGAAGAAAGAUGUAAAAAGCUCUGAUACCACUUCAAAAUCUUACUGA